AUGAGCGGCGCGGUAUCGACGCUUGUCACCGUCGAUGCGUCCGCUGUCGGCGCCUUGCUGCGAGCGCCGGACCUCUUGGAGGGCGCGGUCGACCGCCAGCUGCUGCGCAUAGUGCUGGCGGGCGCCGCAUUCCUGGCAAGCGAUGAUGCAGCAGUAUCCAACCAGGCAGCGGUUGGCGGACAGGCGAAAGACGGUGGCCAUCCGGGCGUGCGCGCGCUGCUGUUCGACAUGCGCACGAAUGACCUGGGUCGCGCCGCCGCUGGCCCGCCGAUUGGGAUUAGCGGCUCUCGCGCGCUGGCGCUGGCGGCGUCGGCGCCUACAGAUAGCCUGUAUGACAUCAUAGAGGACGGCGCGCCUGCGCCGGGCAGCGCGCUCGACCUGCUGACAGCCCCCACUGCUUUGAAGGUCGAGGGCCAGCAGCAGCAGCAGCAGCAGCAGCAGCAGCAGCAGCAGCAGCAGCAGCAGCAGCAGCAGCAGCAGCAGCAGUUGCCGGGCCUAAUGGGGCCGCGGUCCAUCAGGGUGGUUGACAGCCUAGUGCUGGAUGCGGCAAAGCACCUGGCCGGCGCCGCAGGCGCGAAGCGGUUGCUGGUUGUGUCACGGCUGCCGCGGACGCCCGACGAGAUUGCAGCCUUCCUGUCAGAAGGUGUUGCGCCCCAGCACCCGAACGACCCCGAGGCUGCCGCGGCCGAGACAGCGAAUGCGGCUGCGGUGCUGGCCGGCGGCGGGGCAGCAGCGCGGCAGCUGGUGCGGGAGCGGCUGGCGGGGCUCAGGCGGCUGCGCAGCAUGACUCAGCAGGAGGGCAUCAGCGUUUGGUGGCUCGAGCUCGGGGAGCCGCCCACCAGCGGAGAGGCGGCGGCUCUGGCGCUGUGGCAGGAGCUCCUGCGCCUCCUGAGCACCGAGUGCCCCGAGCCAAGCACGCUCUUGACAGUGGACUUAUCAGAAGAGCGCGCCCGCGCCGACUGGGCGCUGGAAAACCUGGGAGCGGCCCUCGCCUGCCGCCCCGACGGCGAUGGCGCGGCCGCGGCGCGCGCGGCGGAGCGGCUGCGCGCGCUGCAGGCGGCGUGGCCGGCGAAGCGGCGGGUCCUGCAGGCGCUCAGGACGCAGCAGGACGCGGCGGCGCAGCGGGCCGCGCACGCGCAGGCGGAGCGGCGGCUGCGGCAGCAGAGGCGUCAGCAGCAGCAGCAGCAGCAGCAGCACGAGGAGCGCGGCAGGGCGCGCGACGCCGCCGUGGCCAUGGUCGCCUGCGGCAGGGUCAGCCCGUACGACCCCCAGGGCAGAGCGGAGCUGCGCGCCGCGGCGUGCGACGCCCUCACGCACGCCGCUCGCUCUAUGUCGCACGUUUCCGCGCCGCGCGUCGCGGCGGCCGCGCACCCAGAGCGCGCGGAGGCCAGCCGUGACAAUGCGGCGUGGCGGCGUGGCGGCGGCGGGGACGGGCCGACGGCCGCGGCGCGGGCGUCUUUGCAUCAGCCGGCGGCGUCUGACGAGCUCAGCAACGCUGUUUCGGCGCCCAGCCCGGUCAACCGGCGCGCGCCCCCUGCAGCGCCAACGGCGGCCGCCGCGCCGCCCCCGCGGCCGCCCGCGCGGCGCCACGUGCGCAUGGCGCUGGCGCGGCUGCUGGGACACGAGUCGUUCCUGGGAUGGGUGUCGGGGCGUGGCCCUGGGGGCGCGUUUGAGCGGCCGCUGGCGGUGCAGUGCGGGCUAAACCUGUUCGGCCUGUUUUUCUGCCUGGAGGCUCUCGCGCUCGACCCUGGCCUGGAGCGCGCCCCCACGGCGCGCUCCCACAUGACCCGUCAGGAGAAGGUGAUAGCGCUCUCCUGGCUCGCCACCCUGGCUGACACCGGCCGCCCCCAGCCGCCGCCCAGGCAGCAGGGCGCCCAAGCCACCGCGCCGGAGUCGGCGGGCGUCGGCGCGGCAAGCCGGACGCGCGCGCUGGGGCCCGCUCACGUGCGGAGGCGGCUCGCGGCCCCGCGGCGCGCCGCGCCUGUGAUUGCAGCAGGCGGGUCGACCGAGGCGGGCCAGGGGGAUCCUGUUGCGGGAGCGAGGGCCUGGUCUGAGCGCGAGGCGGGCGCAUCGCCCCCCUCGCCGCUGGUCGUGGGUGGCUGCAGCCAGGAGCAAUCCGCGGUUCUGCCGCUAGCAUCAUCAAAGCAGCAGCAGGAGCACCAGCAGCACCAAGAGCAGCAGCAGGAGCAGCAGAAGAAGCAGCAGCAGGAGCACCACAACCAGCAGGAGCAGCAGCAGGAGCAGCAGCAGGAGCAGCAGCAGGAGCAGCAGCAGGAGCAGCAGCAGCAGCAGCAGCAGCCUCUCUGCCUGAUUGGCCCGGGAUCCUAUCCAGGGUACCGCGAGUUUUUCCUGUCAGAGGUGGAGCCGCUGUUCCCAGACAAGCAGCGGCCGGCGGCACUGGGGCCGGUCAUGGGCCUGCUGGCCAUGCACUGCAGGGGCGAGGUCCACGACACCGGCUUCCAGUUUGACUUCUCAGAUGACUACGAGACCGACGCCAGCGGCAGCGACGACGGCGGCGGCGCCGGCGCUCGGCGGGCGCCCGGCUCGCUCGCAGGGGCUGCGGCGGCGGCGGCGGCGGACUGCGGCAUUGGGCUGGCGGGGCUCGAUAGGUGA